AUGAUUGGUCUGAGUUUGCUAGUGGCACAGAACGCCGGUUGUGCAUGUUGGUGGGCUGGCCGCGCCUUGUCGAUCACCAUGGGACGCAGCAAGUCCCUGGUUGAAAACGAGCUCACCACCUUACCCGAGGGAAUCUUCGGGGGUCUUUCGGCCAUGGAAAUUCUGUACCUUUGGCACAACGAGCUAACCACCUUGCCUGAGGGAAUCUUUCAGAAUGCAACGGCCCUUCAACAACUGUCCCUGUAUGGCAACCAGCUCACCACCUUGCCCGAGGGAAUCUUCGGAGGUCUUACGGCCUUGGGAUAUCUGUGGCUGACGUACAACAACCUCACCACGCUGCCGGAGGGAAUCUUCGGAGGUCUUACGGGGUUGGAAUAUCUGAAUCUGGACGGAAAUGCUCUGGAGUGCUUGCCCUCAACAACACUGGUGGAGGUUGAUGACUAUGCCUCGUUCUAUGAAAUCGGGCUCCACGUUGAUCCAUACGGUGACGAAUGUGGGUGUUCUAUUGAGGGCGUGAUCGACAACGUGUGCGGCCAAGAAGCGUGCACUCCCGGAGAUGAAGGGUACACAUGUGCGGUCACACUUGCUCCCGCGCCUGCACCUGCACUGGGCACGACCGCGCCGGAAUCUACCCCACACCCUACCUCGGUACCCGGCUCGAGCUCAGAAGGAGACGCUUCGACGGCGGGCGUUGUAGUCGGCGUUGUGGCUGGUGCGCUGGCGUUAGCAGCACUGGGGUUCUUCCUACGUCGCAGACGGGUCGCGAAGAGCACGGGCCCCGACCCCUCGGCCCCUCGUUACUACGCUGGGGAGAGCCUGAAGCACGGCCUCGGUGAACAGCACCAGCAACGGCAGCAGGACAUGCACUCCUCGUCGCCGAUCAUCACCGGGUCUGCCGGGGGCAACGCCACCCGCGGCCCGCCACCUCCUACCCAGCAAGACUCCCCGCCGCCACCCCCACCGAAUGCGCAUGAUGGUGCAGACCAGCGUGAUGCUCGGCCUCUAUCCCCGAACAUGCACGACAGAGGUACGCACCAGCGCGAUGCUCGGCCACCUGCCGCCAGUCAGCAGCACGCGGCAGUCGUCGCCGAGACAACAUUCGGCGAAGACUGCACGCCCAUCCAAUCGUUGUUCCCAGCGCCACCCGUGGGCGCCCUGCCGAAGUCCGAGGAAAAUCCCAGGCGCCGAACACGCGACAAAAACAAAAGCGGUGGUGGCACCAGGGCAGCGGAUUCGGGCCGGGGCCGGGGCGGGGACGAUGCGGCGGAAAACGGCGGCGGCUGCGUGGCGGCAGCCGAACAGUCGUUGCUGUCGUUGACAACAACGAACUCCACCGCCGACAUGUCGACGGAAGAACGGACGGCCGAGGUUGCCGGGUUGAGGUUUUCGGCCGAGGGAAAGGGCGACAGCGCUCCUUCGGCGGCUGCUCCUUCUCCUGCGGCUGCUCCUGCCGGCGGCCGCCGACGGACGUCAUGCGGCAUCGGGUACGGCCAGGCAGUACUGGCGGCGGCAGAGGAACUCGUACAUAAUUGCCAGAUCCCCGGCGUCUGUGAGGCAGCGACGGCGGUGUCGAUUCUGAUACGCUUGGUCUUGGACAGUCGGGACUUGACGAGCAGCCCCGGUGUUAAGCGGUGCCGGUCGAUCGUGACAAUGCUUCAGCGGGCCGCCAAGGUGGUCGGCACGGGUGGCGACACGAGCACGGAGGAGGGGCGCGUUUUGAUGGAAGAAGUGCACGGCGCCGUCUCCGAUCUCGUGGAGCUGAUCAAAACGUACGAGAACAAGAGCAAGCUCGCCCAGAUGUUGACAUCGACCCUGUUCAAGCGGCGCCAGGACGAGCUGAACGCGGUUCUGGACAGGGCCAUCUGGGGCCUGCACUUGGGCCUGCAGGUGCAGGUGGGACACGACGUUGCGCACCUUGUCAAGAGGUCAACGGCGGAGGCUCAGGAUCAGGCAGAAUCUGUGGCGGAAGCCCGCAGGCUGAGGCGGCGGCGCAAGCUCGAUCAGAACGAAAUCCCCGAGGACCACGUGUCGAUCACGAACGAGAUGCUGGGAAAAGGGGGCUUUGGCGUGGUGUACCUAGCCGACUACAACGGUCACAACGCGGCGGCCAAGAAGGCCGAGCGCAAGGCAUUCCUGCGCGAACUGGAGGCCAUGAUUCGCCUGAGAAAUCCUCAUACCGUCAACGUGUACGGGGCGAUCACCUCGCAGCCAAACCGCCUGGUUCUCGUCAUGGAGCUGCUGGCGGGCGGAGACCUUCGGGCCAUGCUGAAGAACUCAGAGCAGCCGCUUCCCGAGGACAAGUGCCGACAGAUCAUUCACGAUGUGUGCGCGGGGAUGGCCUUCCUGCACAGCAAGGCGACGGUGCAUGGCGACCUUAAGUCUGCCAAUGUUCUCCUGGAUGGCCGCGGAAGGGCAAAGAUUGGGGACUUCGGCACCUCGAGGUGGGCUCAGAACACCGAGAGAUCCACAGGGCUCGCGACGUACACCACGAAUCCGGGACCAAGCACCCAUAUCAGCCUUGCAUGGACUGCCCCAGAGGUGCUGGAGGCCAAGGAAACCUCCAAGGCAAGCGACGUCUACAGCUUCGGGAUGGUGGCGUGGGAAGUGCUGACGAGACAGACGCCUUGGGCAGACCAAACCCGGCCUCGAGACAUCUUCCUCCGCGUUGUCAUGCGUGAGGAACGCCCCGCGAUUCCCGCGGAUGCCCCCGUAGAUAUCGCAGAGAUGGUCCGCAGCUGCUGGGCCCAGGAGCCCCUGGACCGCCCGACGUUUCCAGUGCUUUACAACGAGGGGAACGUCCAACCGACGGCUCUAAGCACAAGCUCUUGAUUUUGACGAACGCUUGA